GUAGUCACGUUGCUCACAGUGUCGUGCUCGAAACAUUUCGUACCUCGGCGUGGGAGGUAUUUCGUAUAAAUUACAUGAUAAUUAAUUAAGGUAUGGAAGAAUACGGAAGAGAACCAUGCCCCUGGCGUAUAAUAGAUGACUGUGGGGGUGCAUUUACAAUGGGUGCAAUUGGUGGUGCUGUCUUUCAAAGUAUCAAAGGCUUCCGCAAUGCACCCAGUGGAAUAAACAAACGUUUUCUGGGAAGUUUAAUGGCUAUUAAACAGCGAUCUCCAAUUAUCGCUGGAAAUUUUGCAGUGUGGGGUGGUAUGUUUUCCACAAUAGAUUGUACAUUGGUUCACAUUAGGAAAAAGGAAGAUCCGUGGAACUCUAUUAUCAGUGGAGCAGCAACUGGGGGUAUAUUAGCAGCAAGAAAUGGUUUACCAGCUAUGGCUGGUAGUGCUAUUAUUGGUGGAGUAUUACUGGCUUUAAUUGAAGGUGUAGCAAUAUUUUUUACACGUAUGUCUGCAGAACAGUUCAAACCUCCCUCCUUCACAGACGAUCCACAAUUUGCAUCGCCACCACAUGGCAAUCCAUCGUAAAGCAUGUAUAAAUAUUUUAGACACAUUUCAAAUUACGCAACUAAUUAAGUACAAAUGUUUCAUAUUGAAUGAAACAGUAGUAGUUGGAAGCUAUUCGAUCACCAGUAUAUCAAAUUUGUAUAGACAAUUUGAACCUCUGAUUUAAGAAAUAAUAAUAGUUCGUUUUUUAUGUAAUGUUGUUCCUUUCUUUACUUUUAUUGAACUAUUGACACAAGUGAGAUAGUGCAGGACUCAUAUGUUGAGUCAUCGGUCUU